AUGAAGGUCUCUGUGGCUGCCCUCCUUCUCCUCAUCCUCGCCACCACGUUGGCUUCUUACUUCCAGCCAAGACACCCUGAGGGGUUGAACAUUCAAGCCUCCUGCUGCGUGACAUACUAUGAGAAAACACUGCCACAGAAACUGGUGAAAGGAUACAGAGAGGCCCUCAACUGUCACCUGCCAGCAAUCAUCUUUGUCACCAAGAAGAACCGAGAAGUCUGUGCCAACCCCAAUGACAGCUGGGUCCAAGACUACAUCAAGGAUCCCCAAAUACCUUUGCUGCCUCCCAAGAACUCGGUCUCAGUUAAAAUCAUCAGAACAGAAAAAGGCCAGCCCUAGUUUGGCUCCCAUGAUGAUAAGGCCUCCAUGCAAGCCCAGGUCUGUGGAGGAAGGAGCCCUAUGGUCUGAGGUAGCACAGUCAUAAAGACACAGGUCAA